AAUCACAUGACAGCAAACAUGAAGAGGAAGAAGCAAGUUUGCAGCCGUGAAUCCAAAAUUGAGGUUAUGUACUAACUUUCGUCUGCAAGUUCAAUUUUAACAAUCGAUGGCAUCUAUGUACUAAGAUGCCUCUUUGGGACUGUUUUCUGUAAUUAAAUUUAGUGUAAUGCACUCGAAAUUAGGAAAAAUUAUCCCAGUGAUUCAUUGACAUGCAAUUAUUUAGCAUUCCACGUUUGUUAUUCACCUACACAUGUUUUGGCAGUAGCAGUAUUCAACGUUCUUGCAAAGACAUUCAUCAAAAUGUUAUGAAAAAUCAUUUCAACAUGUUUUCCACAAACUUUAAACGAGCACUCUGUCAAAACAAAGUACGCUACGCUAGUACAAUUCCCAACCGUAGAAAAUUGAACAAUAUUUAUUCCAACAUUGUUAUUUAUUUAUGUAAUACAGCCAUGCGAAAUAUGCCUCUAGUUUUGAGAAACCAAUCAGUGAAUAUACUAAGGUCGUGUGCGGAACAAUGUGAAUUCAUACUAGCUCAGAGAAUUCGGCGCAGCCAACAGAUGUUUUGUUUGUAUAUGAAAAUAUGGGAUGAAGUGGCAUUAAAACAAUUCUUGGAGUGCAUGAAAAGGAAUUUUUUAAAGCGAGGCAAACAUGUUUUAUUGGGACUUGUUGUAUUUAAUUGGAAUGAGGAGCGCAUAAAAGACGAAGACAUUAUAAAGUACUCAAAUGAAUUGGAAGUUAUACGAGAGUUGUUGAGGAAGAAGUUUUGUAGAAAAAAGGAGUUGGGAGACCAGUGCGACUGCUUCAACUGUUUAGAGCCACAAGAACAAGAGUGGAGUGCAUUUGUGAAAGAAACAGACCUUGUAGUCUGGAAAAAAGAAGACAGUAAUCAUAAAGGCGAAGGACUCUAUUGCUACAAAGUGUAUGGUAAAUACGAAGAUGUGACCGCCCUGGACUUCCUAGAAGCUCAAGUUGACCUUGAGUACCGCCUUGAGUGGGAUGAAAAUGCUGUCAAACUUCAUACGAUCGAGUCAGAGCCUACAUCAAACAGUGAUGUCAUCUAUUGGGAAACCAAGUGGCCUAAAAUGUUCAGCAAUCGAGACUAUGUGUUCAAACGGCGUUACCAUAUAGAUCAUAGGAAAAACUUGAUUAUCCUAGUCAACAAAUGUACAAAACACCACACGGUCCCGCCAUACAAUAACAAGCAACGAGUAACCGAGUAUUGGUCUUAUAUGGUCAUCAAACCGUUCACUCGACUUGAUAAGCCUGGUAUGGAGUUUAGUCUCACUUACUUUGAUAACCCAGGAAUCAGUGUACCUUCUACCCUAUCGCUCUGGGUUACUGUCCAAGGCAUGCCAACAUUCCUGCAACACCUGCACGAUGCGGCUAAGAAUAUGAGCGAAAGACGAUCAAAAGCAGCUAAUGAAAAUAAAGAGGUGGGGGGAGACGGAAGAAGACCACCGCCCGGCAGUUCCUCCCCCUCCUCCACACCCUCUGUGUCCCCAUUUUCAGCGCCGCAAAACGAGGACAAAGGGGACAAGGCGUCCUGUCCCAAGCUGCCCAAGUCCUAUUUGAAGAAAAUUGUCGAUUUUAUAGCAUGAGUUCUACGUGUUCCAAGUACAAAAUGCCAUUCCCUGGAGGAUUUACUUGACAGCUUACCAACGUGUUAUCAAAUUGGAAUAGAUGUUUAGUAGGUUGAGAAAUUAUGUUCGUGAUGAUGUUCCAGUAGUCAAUUAGAAUGGAUCUACAAACAUGAAUAAAGACAUGAAUUGUUUACACGUUUUAUGAACUAUCAGCGCAGAUGAUUUAUGAAUUAAUAGUAAAGGCGAACAUGGAAUCAUAGCUUGUUUCAGUUCUUGUGAAACAUGUCAAUAAUUACCGCAUUGUAAGUUACAUACAGAAACGGGAUUCGCCAGUUACUACUAUCGAUGUAACAAACUACAAAUCAGUAGGAAGGUGAUUAAUAUUUUUUUCAUGGAGAACAACAUAGUUUUUGUUAUUUAGUGGAUUAAUGAUGUUUGCAUAUUGCAUUAUAAACCUAGCCUCGCUCUUGUAUGGGGUGUCCCAUCUAUUUAUAUGUUUCACAAAACUGACAGUCUUAUGCAUUCCACCAGGCUUCAGUAUCAAUGUUGUUAUUGUUAAUUAUUAUCAAAAGAUUUUUACAACUGUGCAUUAUAAAUACAUAUUAAUAUAAUAAUACCAAUACCAUAAGUAUAUGUACCUACCGUACCGUACCUGGCGUCAAUGAUGUAGUAUAUUAUUGUAUAAAUUUGUGAAAGAUCAUCUGUUAUGAACUAGUCAGCGAGUUGAAGUACUGUAGUCGAAAUUUUUAUUAAUGAAAUAUGUUUUACUGCCAAGAAUUUCACUGGUAAGAAUCCAUUAAAUAGAACGAAUUAUUGUACUUA